UUUACAAUUUUGUGGAGUAUUCUUGCCUACGAGAGACAAUUUUUCACAUGCCAUUUAUUUGGAUGAAUUUGCUCAAAAGAAAACCUUCGAAACAAUGAGUGAAUUAAAUUUUGAAUCACCGAACAGCUAUUCGGAGGGGAAGAAUCGAUCUGCCCGGGAUAGGAAACAAUCUCAAGAUAUCGAUAUUCGUAUAAACGAUGAUGGGUCCAAAUCAUUCAUCUGCAAAGAAUGCGAUAAAGCGUUCCGCUUUAAAUCGUCUUGCAUUCGGCACAUAUCUCUCAUGCAUAGAGCGAAAGUGUACCAAUGUGAACACUGUGACGAGAUUUUUCAACAGUCUUGCAAAUAUCGCACACAUUUCAAACAAAAGCACCCUGAUCAGCAUAAGCUUGAAUGCAGCGUGUGCAAAAGGCGCUUUCAGCUCGCUCAUCACCUUGGCAGACACUGGACUGUGGAGCACCAAGCAAUCCAUGGUCCGUAUAUGAAACCUGACGUAAAACUGUUGGAAAUAAAAACAGAGAUCUCAGAUGAAGCUGAAAACGAAGCAACCAUUGGUUCAACAAUGGAAUCUGCAAACCGUCAUGCUGCCGAUGGUAUGCAGGAUUUUUCGAUUGACCAAAUUGAUAUUAAAAUGGAAUUCGAGUGCACAUCUCCCCAACUGCAGGAAACUGAAAUUGAAGAGAAGCCGGAUUUCUCCAAGUUGAAUCAAAGGCAAGAUAACGUAACAACCGUAAAAGCAGAACCUAACCGUUCUGGAGCAACGGAUAACAAUUUUGUCGAUCGUGUUAAAGUCAAGAGUGAACAGGAUAGCAUAAAUGAUGACCCCGCAAAUAGCAACCUUCAGUUAACUGUCCAGUCAUACCCGGUGGGAAAUUGUUUGGCUUCACACGUCGAUAUUGAAGAAGAACAAAAACAUCUGGAGAGUUUAACCACAUCGAAUGGUAACGAAAACGUAUCAAAGAAAUCUGUUCGAUAUAGUUGCGAUAUUUGCGGGAAAACAUUUGCCCGUCCGAUAAGACUCGUCAUUCAUCGAACCUUGGAACAUGGAAUUGAGGAUGCUGAUAAUCCUCUACCUCACUUACCGUGUAAUGUAUGCGGUAAAGUGUUUCGUUACAAGUUUGGUUUAUCGUUACACAUGAAAACGCAUGCAGAUCAGGCAACGAAGGAUGCCAUCAGGCAUAAAUGUGAGAUUUGCGAAAAAACAUUUGUCGUUCGGAUGAGACUCGUCAGGCAUCGGGCGUCGGUACAUGGAAUUGAUGAUCCUCUGCCUCGUUAUACCUGUGAAAUAUGCGGUAAAGUUUUCCAUUACAAGGCUAAUUUUUCGAGGCAUAUGAAGUGGCAUAGCGACAAAAACCCGAAAAACAAACAAACUCAACAAAACUCAGAAAAAUCAACGAAGCCCAAGAGGCAUAAGUGCGAUAAUUGUAACAAAACAUUUUACCUUCCGAUAAGACUCGCAGUUCAUCGGGCGGUGGCACAUGGAAUUGAGGAUGUUGAGAAUCCUCUGCCUCGCUAUACUUGUCAUAUAUGCGGUAAAGUUUGCCGCUACAAGUUUGAUUUUUCGGCGCAUUUAAGAUACCAUGCGGACAAGGCAGCGAAGAAUAUCUACAGACAUAAAUGCGAGACUUGUGGAAAAACAUUUCCCUCUGCGAUGAGACUCGUCAAUCAUCGGGCGUUGGUACACGGAAUUAAGAAUGCCGAUAAUCCUCCGCCUCGCUAUACCUGUGAUAAAUGCGAUAAAGUUUUUCGUCACAAGGGUAAUUUCACGAUGCAUAUGAAGGGGCAUUUAGAAGGAGCGAAGCCCAAGGGGUAUAAAUGCGAUAAUUGUGAAAAAACAUUUGCCCGUUCGAUGAGACUCGCCAUUCAUCGGGCGUUGAAACAUGGAAUUGAGGAUGCCGAUAAUCCUCUGCCUCGCUAUACUUGUGAUACAUGCGGUAAAACUUUCCUUCACAAGUUUUAUUUUCGGUCGCAUCUGAAGUCCCAUGCUGAGAAGGCAGCAAACGAUGUCGUCAAGCAUAAAUGCGACAUUUGUGAGAAACCGUAUUAUUGCCGGAUGAGACUCGCCAUUCAUCGAGCGUUGGAACACGGAAUUGAGGAUCCCGAUAAUCCUCUCCCUCGGUAUACCUGUGAUAAAUGCGGUAAAGUUUUCCUUCACAAGGCUCAAUUUUCGAUGCAUAUGAAGGGGCAUUUAGGGAAGAUAUUGAAUGGUGACAAAAACUUAUCAAGGAAGCCCAACAAGCAUAAGUGCGACAUAUGUGAAAAAACAUUUUACCGUCAGAUAAACCUCGAUGUCCACAGGGUGAGAAUACACGGAAUUGAGGAUGCAGAUAAUCCUCUGCCUCGCUAUACUUGUGAUACAUGCGGUAAAAUUUUCCUUAACAAGUUCUAUUUUCGGUCGCAUCUGAAGUCCCAUGCAGAUAAGGCAGCAAAUGAUGUCAAGCAUAAAUGUGACAUUUGUGGGAAACCGUGUUAUUGGCGGAUGAGACUCGCCAUUCAUCGAGCGUUGGAACACGGAAUUGAGGAUGUCGAUAACCCUCUCCCUCGGUAUACCUGUUAUAAAUGCGGUAAAGUUUUUCUUCAUAAGGCUAAAUUUUCGAUGCAUAUGAAGGGGCAUUUAGGGAAGAUAUCGAAUGGUGACAAAAAGCCCAAUAAGUAUAAGUGCGAAAUAUGUGAAAAAACAUUUUACCGUCAGAUGAACCUCGUUCUCCACAGGGCGAGAGUACACGGGAUUGAAGAUACGGAUAAUCCUCUGCCUCGCUAUACUUGUGAUACAUGCGGUAAAAUUUUCCUUAACAUGUUUUAUUUUCGGACGCAUCUGAAGUCCCAUGCAGAUAAGGCAGCAAAUGAUGUCAAGCAUAAAUGUGACAUUUGCGAGAAACCGUGUUAUUACCGGAUGAGACUCGCCAUUCAUCGAGCGUUGGAUCACGGAAUUGAGGAUCCCGAUAAUCCGCUCCCUCGGUAUACCUGUGACAAAUGCGGUAAAGUUUUCCUUCACAAGGCUAAAUUUUCGAUGCACAUGAAGGGGCAUUUAGGGAAGACAUCGAGUGGUGACAAAAACUUAUCAACGAAGAAGCCAAAUAAGCAUAAAUGCGACAUAUGUGAAAAAACAUUUUACCGUCGGAUAAGACUCGUUGUCCAUAGGGCGAGAGUACACGGAAUUGAGGAUCCAGGCAAUCCUCUGCCUCGCUAUAUCUGUGAAAUAUGCGGUAAAGUUUUCCUUUACAGGCAUAAUUUUUCGUCCCAUUUAAAGUACCACGAGGACAAGGCAGCGAAUGAUGGCAUCAGAUAUAAAUGCGACAGUUGUGAAAAAACAUUUCACAGUCAGCUGAGACUCAAUGUUCAUCGGGCGGUUGCACAUGGAAUUGAGGAUACGGGCAAUCCUGUACUCUACUUUACGUGCGAUGUGUGCAGUAAAGUUUUCAGCGACAAAAAUGAUCUUUCGUGUCAUAUGAAGACGCAUGCAGAAAAAGCAGCAAAGGAUCCCAUCAGGCAUAAAUGCAAUGAUUGUGAUAAAAGCUUCAACCGUCCGUUCAGACUUGUCGUUCAUCAGGCGGUUGCACACGGAAUUGAGGAUGCAGCUAAUCCUCUACCCCACUAUACGUGCGAUAUAUGCCACAAAGUUUUCCGUCACAAGCGUGAUUUUUUGUUGCACAAGGUGAUGCAUUCAGAUAAGCGUGACUUUUCUUGCUCGUACUGCGAUUGUUCGUUCGUGAGAAAAAAUUCCUUGGUUCGUCACAUGCGAAUCCAUACGAAGAAUUAUAUACAUAAAUGUCGUUUCUGUAAUUAUGGAUCGUUUAGGAGGAAGGAUUUGUUGUUACACGAGGCAAAUGUUCAUAACUGUGAAAAUGUGGAAACCUCUUCAAAGUCCCCACUUGAUGACUACGAAUCACAACAAGGAACUGAUGGUAACAUGAAGUGUGAGCAGGGCGAUCAGAAUAGCAUUAAAACCGAAUUCGAGUGCACAUCUCCUCAAUUACAGGAACCCGCAACUGCGAAUGAAUUCACUAGAGAGGAGGAUGUUACUAUAACCUUAAAGGAGGACACUAGCCAAUUUGAAGCCACGAAUGACGAUGUUGGCGACCGUGUUGAAGUCAAAAGUGAACAGGAUUGCGCAGAUGAUGUUCCUGUAAAUACCAAUAAACAGUCAUCCGACCCCGUGGGAGAUGGUUUGGUUUCACAAACAAAGAUUGAAGAGAAACAAAAACAUCGGAGAAGCUCAACCGCUUCGAAUGGUAAUAAAAGCCUAUCAGAGAAACGCAUCAGGCAUGGAUGCGAUAUUUGUGAAAAAACAUUUUCCCGUCCGAAAAGACUCAUCGUUCACCAUGCGGUUGCACAUGGAAUUGAGAAUGCUGCUAAUCCUCUGCCUCGCUACCCUUGUGAUACAUGCGGUAAAGUUUUUCGUUACUGGCCUGAUUUUAGGGCGCAUGUGAAGUGGCAUGGAGACAAAAAUUUGUUAAAGAAACCAAACAGACAUAAAUGCGACAUUUGUGAAAAAACUUUUUACCGUCCGAUAAGACUUGUCACUCAUCGGGCGGUGGCACAUGGAAUCGAGGAUACCGAUAAUCCUCCACCUCAAUUUAGGUGUAAUAUAUGCGGUAAAGCUUUCCUCUAUAGGCAAACUUGUUUGACGCAUAUGAAGAUGCAUUCGGAAACAGCAUCGAAUAGUGGCCGGAGAUUAUCAAAGAAACCCAUAAUUAAGACGCAUUCGAAAAAGCAUCUUGUCUCCUUUUCUUGUUCGUACCGCAAUCGAUUGUUUGCGAGAAAAAAUAAAUUGGAUCAUCAUGUACAAAUCCAUAUGUUAUCACACGAAGCAAAUGCUCAUAACUUUGAAAAUGUGGAAGCCUCGUCGAAGUCCCCACUUGAAGACUUCGAAUCGCAGCAAAAAACUGACGGGAACAUUGAGUGUGAGCAGGGUGAUCAAAAUAGUAUUAAAACCGAAUUCGAGUGCACAUCUCCUAAAGUGCAGGAAACUGCAACUGUGGAAAAAUUUACUCAAAGGGAGGAUAGUGCAAUACCCUUGAAGGAGGACACCAGUCAAUUCGAAGCCACGAAUGACGAUGUUGGCGACCGUGUUGAUGUGGAAAGUGAACAGAAUUGCACAAAUGGUGUUCCUGAUAAUACCAUCAUUCAGUUAUCCGUUCCGUCAUACCCCGUGGGAGACAGUUUGGCUCCACAAACAACGAUUGAAGAGAAACAAAAUCAUCGAAGAAGUAUAACCGCUUCGAACGGUAAAAAAAAAUCAUCGGAGAAACUCGUAAGACCUAGAUGCGAUAUUUGCGGUAAAACAUUUCUUCGGCCGAGAAGACUCAACGUGCAUCGGACAGUGGUACAUGGAAUUGAGGAUGCUGCCAAUCCAUUACCUCACCUCAUGUGUGAUACAUGCGGUAAAGUUUUCCGUUACAAGCCUGAUUUAUCGUCUCAUUUGAAGUGUCAUAGUGACAAAAAACUGUUAAGGGAACCAAUCAGACAUAAAUGCGAUAUUUGUGAAAAAACGUUUGGCCGUCCAACUAUACUCACCGUUCACCUUGCGAAAGCGCAUGGAAUUGAGGAUGCUGCUCAUCCUCUACCCCACUUUACGUGUGAUACAUGCGGUAAAGUUUUCCGUUACAAACCCUUUUUAGCGAUGCAUAUGAAGUGGCAUUCAACUAAGCGUAAGUUUUCUUGCUCGUACUGCGAUAGAUCGUUUGCGAGUGAAGUUAUUUUGAAUCGUCACAUACAAAUCCAUACGAAAGAUGAUAUGUUAUCACACGAAGCAAAUGCUCAUAACUAUGAAAAUGUGGAAGCCUCGCCGAAGUCCCCACUUGAAGACUACGAAUCACAGCAUAGAACUGAAGGGGACAUUGAAUGUGAGCAGGGUGAUCAAAAUAGUGUUAAAACCGGAUUUUGCGAUAUUUGUGGAAAAACAUUUCUCCGGCUGAGAAGACUCAACGUGCAUCGGACAGUGGCACAUGGAAUUGAGGAUGCUGCCAAUCCAUUACCUCACCUCAUGUGUGAUACAUGCGGUAAAGUUUUCCGUUGUAAGCCUGAUUUUUCGGCUCAUUUGAAGUGUCAUAGUGACAAAAACCUGUUAAGGGAAUCAAUCAGACAUAAAUGCGAUAUUUGUGAAAAAACGUUUGGCCGUCCAAUUAUACUCACCGUUCAUCGUGCGGAAGCGCAUGGAAUUGAGGAUGCAGCUCAUCCUCUACCCCACUAUACGUGUGACACAUGCGGUAAAGUUUUCCGUUACAAACCCUUUUUAGUGAUUCACAUGAGGAGGCAUUCAAAUAAGCGUAAGUUUUCUUGCUCGUACUGCAAUAGAUCGUUUGCGAGUGAGGUUAGUUUGAAUAAUCACAUACAAAUCCAUACGAAAGUUGAUAUGUUAUCACACGAGGUAAAUGCUCAUAACAGUGAAAAUUUGGAAACCUCGUCAAAGUCCCCACUUGAAGACUACGAAUCACAGGAAAGAAAUGACGGGCAGUAUGACUAUGAGCAGGGCGAUCAGAAUAGUAUUAAAACCGAAUUCGAGUGCACAUCCCCUCAAGUACAGGAAACUACAACUGCGGAAAUUUCCACUCGAGAGGAGGAGAGCAUUUCGGCGGUGUCUCUGAUCCCACAGGCAAUACCUUUGAAGGAGGACACUAUCCAAUUCGAAGCCACGAAUGACAAUGUGUGCACAAAUGGUGUUCCUGUAAAUAGCAAUACUCAGUCAUCCAUCCCAUCAUACCCCGUGGAAGAUCGUUCUGCUCCAAAAUCAGAGAUUGAAGAGAAACAAAAACAUCGGAGAAGCUUAACUGCUUCGAAUGAUAACAAAAACUUAUCAGAGAAAUCCACCAGGUUCGGUUGCGAUAUUUGUGAAAAAAAGUUUUGCCGUCCAAUUAUACUCACCGUUCACCGUGCGGAAGCACACGGAAUUGAGGAUCCGGUUCGUCCUCUACCCCACUUUACGUGUGAUACAUGCGGUAAAGUUUUCCGUUACAAGCCCUUUUUUUCGAUGCAUGUGAAGAUGCAUUCAACAAAGCAUAACUUUUCUUGCUCGUACUGCGAUAGAUCGUUUGCGAGUGAAGUUGAUUUGCGUCAUCACAUACAAAUCCAUACGAAAGAUGGUAUGUUAUCAAACGAGGCAAAUGUUCAUAACAGUGAAAAUAUGAAUGGUGUUCCUGUAAACACCAAUACUCAGUUACCCAUCCCGUCAUACCCCGAGGGAAAUGGUUUGGCUCUACAAACAAAGAUGGGAGAGAAAAAAAAUUACCGAAGAAAUUCAACCGCUCGGAAAGGUAACAGAUACGUACCAAGGAAACCCGUCAGAACUAGUUGCGAUAUUUGUGAAAAAACAUUUCUCCGUCCGAUGAGACUCGCCGUUCACCGGGCGAUCGUACAUGAAAUCGAGGAUGUUGAUAAUCCUUUACCUCGCCUUACAUGUGAUACAUGUGGUAAAGUUUUUCGUAGUCAACUUGAUCUAACGUGGCAUACAAAGAAGCAUGAAGAGCCAGUGAAGGAUACCAUCAUGUAUAAUUGCGACAUUUGCGAAAAAUCAUUUUUCCGGCCGAUAAGACUCAACGUUCAUCGAGCAGUGGCACAUGGAAUUGAUGAUGCUGCCAAUCCACUACCUCACCUUAAGUGUGCUAUAUGCGGUAAAGUUUUCCGUUACAAGCCUUAUUUAGCGACUCAUAUGAAGAAGCACUUAGAAAGGGCAUCGAAUAGUGACAAAAACUUAUCAAACAAAUCAAACAAAUGCAAAUGCGACAUUUGUGAAAAAACAUUCUACCGUCCGAUAUUACUCGUCAUUCAUCGGGCGUUGAAACAUGGAAUUGAGGAUGCUGCCAAUCCUCUGCCUCACCUCACAUGUGCUAUAUGCAGUAAAGUUUUCCGACACAAGAUUCAUUUGUUGCCGCACAUGAAGAGGCAUAAGGGUGAGCGUAAUCUUUCGUGCUCUCACUGUAAUAGAUUGUUUUCGAAAAAAAGUGAUUUGGAUCGGCACGAGCUAACCCAUACUACUGAUUUUAAGCAUAAAUGUCGUGUCUGUGGUUAUGGAUCAUCUGUAAAGAAUAUUGUGUUGUCACACGAGGCCAGGGUGCACAACUAUAAAGAUGCGGAAACCUUGGCAGUAUCUCUCCCGUGCACAAUUUGUGGCAAGGUCUUUUUCUCUACUCACAGAUUUAAAGCUCACGAAGCGGAGCAUAGAAACGAAAGGAACAUAAAGUGUGAGUUGUGCGAUAGGAAAUUCAAUAGUAGAAUGUAUAUGAGGGCACAUUUAUUAACUAAACAUCUGACGAAAACGGAUGGGAGGCAGGUAUCAAAGAAAAGCUAAAUUAUUGAACUUCGGCGCUCACAAAUCUUGUUGUGAGGUCAGUUGUAAUGUGCAAUAAUGAUUAUAACAAUUUAGUA